AUGAAGCGCACCCAACCACAGCCCCAAAUCAACACCAUGUUACCUCCACCUUCAAAAAAGGCAAAACAUGUUUCCACUCCUUCCUCAUCAUCAUCUUCAACCAAACAAUCCCAAACACAUCCUCCUCCCUCUCCUUCGAACACUCCAUUAAAAUCUCAUUUACAAUCCAUGAAGAGAGUUUUUGAUCAAUUUAUUACUCUUAUGGAAAAAUCAACCACUCACUCAUCAUCAACACAUUUAAAAAUACAAGAGUGUUAUUCACAAAUGAUCUCUCAAAUCAUUGAAUUGAAAAAUCAACUCUCUGUUCAAACUCAUUUAUUGCCUUUAUUUGUCAAGUCAUCAACAACAACAACAACCUCUUCUUCUCAACAACAUGAUGAUUCGACUUUUUCUGGAUGGAAUGGACUUGAGGUAUUAAAAACUAUUUUUGAAUUUCAAAAUUAUAUUGAAUCCUUUGAAUCCAAUCAUCAAUCCAAAUUCAUCAUUUCACCAUUCUUUCAUCAAAUUAUUAAAUUAUUGGUUGAAAUUACAUCCAAUGAAGAAGGAUCAUUUGUUGAUGAAAAUGAAUAUCAAAAUUACAUGACAUUUAUGGAUUUAUUGACUCAAAAUGAAGAAUUUAUUAAUAUUUUAAUGGAUUAUAUCAUCAAGACAUUGAAUCAGUUGAUUGAAGCUUUGAGACAUGACGACGACAACAUGGAAGAGGAAUUUAUUAAUGAUUGUUUCUCUCUUAUUGAAAAUAUAUUUGAACAUGAUGAAGAGGCUAUUACUUUUAUAUCUAUGAAAAAUAUAGAAUUAUUAUUUAAAUUUAUAAGAAAUGGUAUUGAAAGGAGUAGUGGUGUUCAUAUUACUACUACUAAUAAUAAUAAUACUACUAAUACUAUCAAUGUGAAUACUACUCGUGCAAAUACUACUCAUGCAAAUACUACUCAUGCAAAUACUACUACUACUACUAUUAAUAGUACCACAUAUUCUGUUGAUACUACUCAUUCUCUCUAUUCUCAUUACACUCAAUUAUAUUUCUAUGAAAUUCUAUUUCUACUUGUAUCAAGUCAAACUUUAUUCAAUUAUUUACAUCAAGAAGAACAUUCAAGUGAAAUGAUUAAUCUUCUAUUAAAUGUAUUAAACAAAUUUAGAAUCAAUCAAAAUGAUGUUGUUGAAAUGGAUGAAAUGGCAGAGAAUUGUUUCAAUACUUUAGCAAGUCUAUUCACUAUGAGUGAUGAUUUUAAGAAAAUAUUUCAUGAAUUUGAAGGAAUUGAAUUAAUGUUAAAAAUAAUUAAAGAUAAGAAAAAGUAUCGAUUAGGAGCCAUGAGAGUAUUGAGUUAUUCGAUGGAGAAUUUAUUUGAAUUGAAUAUUCAACAAUUUGUAGAGAGUGGAGGAUUGAAAACACUUUUUGCAUUAUUUUCUAGAAUUGGAAAGAAGAAUCAAGAUGAUGAUCAGAUGGAAACAUUUAUUAUUAAUAUUUUAAUGAACAUGUUAUUGAAAUUGGUGGAUGAAAAAAAAGAUCAAGAAUUGAAAGAUCGAAUUAUUUCUAAAUUUGAAGAAUUAGAGAAAUCAAAAAUACUCUCUUCUCUCAUUUACAAGUAUUACAAGAAAGUUUAUUUAUUUGAUACAUUAAUGGAACACAAUGUUGAAGAAUUUGUUGUAACUUUCUUUGGAAUGGAUGAUGAAGAAUUCUUAACCACUCGAUCACCACAAGAAUUCUUUAAUUCUCUCUCUGAACAGGAAAUUUCUGAAAAGAGAUUAUCGAUGGGUGGAUUGUACACUCUUCAGAGAUUGUGUUAUGUGUUGGCACAUGUGUGUGCAUCGAAAAAGGUUUUGAAGUUUAUGAGUGAAGAAUUGAGUCGUGAAUACAAGAUUCAAAUGGAGACACUUCAGGGAAUUUUGAGAGAUUAUUUCUCCAUCAUGAUGGAGAGUGGUGAUGAGAGUGGUGAUGAGAGUAGUGGUGGUCAGGAGGAGGGCAAGAGUGGUGAUGAGAGUGGUGGUGGUGGUGGUGGUCAGGAUAAAACAUCUCUCAGUCCAUACCAUUCACAAUUAAUUCAACAACUCUCUCUCAGAGAUGAUGAUGAUGAACAACAACAGGCUGAACCAUGA